UUUUCAUUUCUAUCCCCGUCUGGCUGUUAACUGAUGUCUAUUGAAGCCUCGGGGGGGGUUUGUUUCUGCCAGAUGGUUUGUUUCUUCUCCAGACUAUAAUCACAAGGGUCAGAGGUCAAACUGUCACCUUUAAUCUGAAGCUAAUUUCAGUCAUAAUGGAUUUCAGGUUUAAGAACCACAGGCGGCUGUUUCAGCCAUUGAAGGAGAUCUGAAAAUGUUAUGAUUCUGAUUAUUUUUAUGUACAAAAUAUCCUAAAGUGGAUUGGCAAAGCAGAAAAUUUACUUUAACUUUUUAAUAUUUUUAUUUCUUUUGACAUAGACUAGGCCCAUCUAUGUUUCUAGAUAUUCAUCAAAUUCACGUGUUUUCAAGUGAUUAAGCGCUGCAGUGCUGUUCCAAAGCAAACUUUAGUUAUUUUAUAUUAAAACAAAAGACAUUUUUAAUGGAAUGCGCUUAAACAAAUUUGACACACACAGUUUGAACAAGACAAGUAAAACAAUUAAACCAGAAAAAAGCAUAUCUGCAUUAUCGUUAACAGAAUUUCUACAAAUUUUCUUUGUUAGUAUCAUGAAAAACUGCUAAAAGGACCCAACCAGAUCCAGUAAAAUUACAAUUUGAAAUAAAAGAUAAAUAUAGACCUUUGUUAGACCAAUAUGUGAAAACUAAACACACACAGGACCAAAAAUAUGGAUUUCUUAAAAUAAAGUUUAGAUAGAAUAAAAGUUAAUAAACAUUAAUACUAGCAUAAAAACCAUACAAAUAAAUACUUCAAUUUCAUAAAUACAAUAAUUAUAGAUAAAAUGUUUUUAUAUAAAGCACAAAAAUUCAAAAUAUAUAAAAAUACUGAACCUAUUUCUAAAUAGUAAAAAUCUCCACUGUUCUGACCGGAUCAGUCAGUCUUCUAUACCUGCUUCUUCCAUAGUGGGUCGUGGGGAAGCUGGUGCCAACUCCAGCAGUCUGUGGGCGAGAGGCAGGUCCACCCUGGGCAGGGAUGACCCGAACAUUUCACAAAAUAUUUAUAAAGUAAAUAUUUUAAUUCUUUUUUUUUUUUAACUCAAUCCACAGGACCAGCUAAAUAUAGGUUAAAAAAUGAGCAGGUUCCUAAAUAAAAUUAUUUAAACAAAAGAUCAAUUAUUAACAUUAAUAUAAUCAUAAAAAAUAACAUAAACUCAGAAUGUAAGAAAACAAAGAAAGAAAUAAUGAGGAAAGCAUUGAAAUUCCUCACCAGGACUCUAAAUAAAUCUGCAACCAGAAACAGAAAAUUAAAACCAUUAAUGUUGACCAGCACUGAAGGCCAAACACAGACAGCAGAAUUUUGCUUAAAUAAAAUAUGUGUCACAAUAAAUGGAGGAAGUGAGUUUGUCCUCUGUUUGUUCCACAGAACGGAGGCCUGCAGGCGUCCACUCAAACCUCCUGAGAGCUGCUGUAAUGGAGCGCCGCCUCGUCGAGCGACACGAAGCAGGCGGAGGUUAAAACAGGCUGUUCAGGAUGUGGAACGAACAUCAGACUGCUGCUUCAACACAUCGUCCUGCAGGCGCUCUGAGCCGGGAUGCUGGAAUUACUCAUUUCUGACGGGUCAGGAAUAAAUUAUCAGGACAAAAUGCAGCUUCUCGUUGCAACGACUGGUUUUCAUCUGUUCAUUAUAUUUGAUAAAAUAUUGACCGUUAAAUUUAACAAAAACUUAUAGAGUAUCAGAAUUUAUUCUGCGAAAAUAAAGGAUUCAGUUAAUAUAAUAUUACAGAAGAUAAAAUACAAAUCUUAAAAUAAAAUCAAUAAUGAUAAAUAUAAAGUAAAACAAAAAUAAAUGAAAAAAGUAAAUACAAAAAAUAUCCUUUAUGAAAUUCAUAAAUGUAUAAAAUACAGUUAAAAAACAAAUACAAAUAGCCUAUAGAAAAAUAAACAUAAACCAUUUUUUAGGCUUUAUGAGAUAAAAUAGUAUGAGAUGAUGUGAUGCUAUGUUUGCCAUGUGAAACAUGGUGUUUAUUGAUAAUAAACCAACACCUAUAAAAUCAAUUAAAAUGUUGUAAUUUUUGUGUUUUUAUUGAUCAUUUAUUUAAAUAAACACAAUUAUUUAGUUCCCAUAAAAAUGUUUUCUGUGUGGCUGAUAAAUUUUUUCCAUAUAAUAGUAAGAAAAGAAGUCAUGAACAGUUUCUAGAAAUAAAAUAAUGAUCUUAAUGAUGUUUUUAUUGUCUGUAAAACGGAAAUCUUUGGUCCAGCAGAGUUCCUCUUAAAAGGUGACUGCAACAAAACCUUCAUUAAUUCUUCAAAUGUGUCAAUUAAUUAUCACCAUUAAACAGUAAAUGUCAGAUUACCUUUUAUUUUUACUAAAUACAUUUAAAUGUGGAUUACAUUUUUUAAUUUACUGGAUUAUUUGACCAGGAAUGUGUGAUUUCUUUUUACUUUGACUCCCAUCAGCCCCAGUCAGAGCAGAUGAAACCGGGUCUCCUGUCGGGUCUCUGCAACGCUGCUGCAGAUCCACGAGUCUUAUUGUGAAAAGACCACAAACCCAAACUGCUGCAGCAGAAUCUGAAACGUGGCCACAUUAAAUCACAGACGUCACCUCUUGGCAGCUGCGGUGGGAACCAGAACCUGUGUGUUGUGGUUUCCUUUUUGUUGGGAGUUUUAACAUCAACACAACAACAUUAAUUAGGCAGAACCGACGCCUGCGGAUUGUUUAAAGGUAUUUUCUCCCAGGGAAGCAGGCAGGGAAAUGUGUGUUUAUAGUUUCCAGGCUGUCUGCAGGAUUAUGGUAAUAACAGACUGCCGGGCCCUGCUGGUGGGCGGGCGGGCGGGUCCACGGACCCUUAUCAGCGCGUUGCAGUGGCCCAUUCUUCACCUUGAUUCACAGCUCAGGGACUUUAUCGCCAAAACCAGAACGGAGAUGCUUCUGAAAGCACCAAUGAUUCCGUCAGUGGUCUUAAGAGCAGCUGAUAUUAUCAGUAAUGAUCAGUGACGAGCUUUUAUCUUCACGCUCAGUGUUUCCAAAAAAUCUACAGAAAACGACCCAAAAGCGGCGCUCGCAGGUGAAAGGCGGUGGAUUUCUGCGGUGCUGCAGGUGUGACGCACCGGCCAUCAGCUCAUCAGAUAAAAACGCUGCUCUGCGGUGCCGUCAGAGCCACCAGUGACCUUCAGGCUGGAGAGCAGAACCAGCGUCUUGAAGGGUUCUUCUGCUUAGACUGGAGACGGGCUGCAGAAUGGGCUGAAGCUCUCCAGUUUCCAGGGAGACAGCAUGCGGAGGGGUAGUUGACCCACACACCCUGUGUUUUCAUUCACAUUGGAAUCAGUUCUGGAGGCACAGCCACAGAAGCACGGCGCAGCCCACUGGAGCCUACGCUGAGGAAUUAUCUGCUGUCAGGACCAGCCGGGACGUCUCCCAGCGCUGUGGAUGAGCAGGGGGGGCCCAAAUCAUGCUGUCCGCUGCCGUUCAGAUCCUGGCGUUCGUCCUGGCGCUUCUGGGCGUCCUGGGUGCCACCGUGGCCACUUUACUGCCCAACUGGAAAGUGAGCAUCAACGUGUGGACCAGCAUCAUGACACCCAUCUCACAGAUGCAGGGUCUGUGGAUGGACUGCGUGUGGUACAGCUCUGGCGUCUUCAGCUGCACCAUGAAGAACUCACUGCUGUCACUGCCACCCUCUCUGCAGAUAAUGCGGGCCGGCAUGGUCCUGUCCUGCAUGGUGGCCGCGUUCGGACUCUGCCUCGCUUCCCUGGGACUUAAAUGCACCCGAUGGGGGGGCAGCCACCGAGCAAAGGGGCACACAGCCAUCGCUGCGGGGGGCUGCUUCGUCCUGGCCAGCCUCCUCUGCCUGGUUCCUGCGUCGCUGUUCACCAGCGAAGUCAUCACCGCCUUCCUAACCACGGACCUGCCAGAUAGCAGCAAAUUCCAGCCCGGUGGAGCUCUGUGCGUAACGUUCAUCUCUGCUGGAUUCCUGUUGGCUGGAGGGGUCAUUUUCUGUUUGUCCUGUCCAGGAAGGAGAUCUGGAGGACCAGAAAGCGUCUCCUCCUCCGACCCAAAUAGGCCGGUGCAGAAAAGCGAUGAGCGGCAGAGGCAGGAGCUGAAAGUGGAGCGCAAGGAACCCAAAAAUAAGAAAAACAAAAGUGUCCAGCUGCAGACGGAUGACGUGAGGCAGGAGAAACCAGGACUGGACCGGGAGCAGAGGCUCUUCUGCUCUCCCUCCAAACUCCCUCAGAAAGACCUGAAGGACAACUACAGCCUCCAGGAGUACGUUUAAUACUCGCUGCUGACGGGAAAUGUGGAGUUUUUAGCUGAGGCGUUCAGGCACCCUGAACUGGGGGAGGUGUGUGUGUGUGUCUGUGUGCGUGUGUGGAGUGGGGAUAAUUACUAAAUGUUGUAAAUGACAGAUUGUAGAAUCAGCUGAAUGCCUCAGAAGCAGAGUGCAGGGACUCUAAAGGGAGAAAAAUGAACCUCAGAGGCACAAAACGCUGUAAAACCUUUAAAAACUGGCUGACAGACUGCUGCAGCUUCACUAAAACCAAAGGUCUGAAGACAAAAAAAAUAACACUGAGGAGAGAAAACAUUUCAGCUGAGACUGAAACCAAAUAGCCAUCUUAUUCCAGCCAAUUGUCUGCCUUGUGAGAGAAACUAUUGCUGUAACAGGGCUGCUUCAAACAUUUCUGGGGACAGGGCUGAUUUACAGACAUGUCCCCACAUGCCAUUACAGUCAAGGCCUUUGAACAGCGGGUUUGUAUUUUUAUUGCCGUAUACUUAUGCGGUGCAUCAUGCAUGCAAAAAGCUUCAUGCUAAAUCCAGACAAGUUAAUCACUUUGUUUCCUUUAGUAACUGCACUAUGAAUCAUGCAGAAAUGUGGAACGUUAUUCUGAACAAACUGCAGCUGGAAACAUAAGUUACACGACUGAUCACAAGAGAAUCCAUGCAUGUAAGUUAGGAAAGCCAACCCAAAGUCCUUUAUUCCUCUUGUUUAAUGUGUGCUGAGGAUAAAACAUGUAGUCGCUUGAGAAGACAACAAAACACCUAAAUAGACCCACAGGUGCAUCUCAAUAUGCUAGAAUAUCAUUAAACCACUGAUUAUUAUAGUGAUUUAGUUUAAAAAGUGAAAGUCAUACAUUAUACAGAUUCAUUACCCACACAGUGAUAUGUUUGAUGUGUUUAUUUCUGUUAACUGAUGCGAUUAUGGCUCAGAGGAUUCAGUUUUUCAGAAAGUUAAAACAUAAGUGACAUAACAUCAAGAAAGACAUAAUUUUUAAAAGAAAAAAGGACUUAAAAAUAAUCCUAAAAGGACAUGGAAAUGAUCUUUUCCAACAUAUUAAGUUGUACCUGUAUAAAUAAUCAGUGUAUUGGUCUGAACUCAGUAUUGUAGCAUUAUAUGUGCAACAGUUUUUAUCAAAUUAGAUCUUUUAAAAAGCACAUAGGAAAAUGCAGGCUUUUAGUCACUUUAUAGCGGCAGGUAAACUGAGUUCCUGCUGGGUUAUCGCCUCCCGUCUAUUUGCAAAACAUUUUUUUGGGAAGAACAAGUACAUUUUAAAAACAAUUUACAAAGAGCCCAAUUUUCUCUUCAUGUAGACUUGGCAAACAGAGACUUUAAGAAGUUAUGACAUUUGUUAUAUUUCUACCAAGUACAAAGCCAUUUAACCCUGGUGGUUUCUGGUGUCUAUUUCCUCAGUGGGGUCUAGAACAGUGUUGUUUAUGGAAAUUAUGUCUCCUGAUGUUGACAUACUGCAAGAGUGUUGACCAACGUUCAGAGAAUAAGAAAUCAUGAUUUUGAGCCACAUUAUACCUGAUGGUUCUGUCAACACGGUUAUACUUUAGGACUUAGCUGAAAUAACUCUGAAAUCCAAGGAAAAACGUAAAUAUAAGAAUCUUCAAACUCAUUUCACCCAUGCAGAGUUCAUCCAAUAGUUCAGAGUAAAUGAAGUGAAAUACUGUUUCCCUAAGAGGUUUUCUGGGUUGCCAAAUGUGCCUAUAGCAGCCGAAUUAUCCCACAAUUAUUUUCUCAGCAGAAAUCACUACACUGGAGUUUUUAAGAAUAUCUUAUCUACAUCUGUCUCACUUUAUCCUAACUCUGUUAUCAUUAGUAAAUGGAAUGUGCUUGGCCGCCUUAAAGGACGGAAACCUGCUCCUCCAGCAUUGUUUUGACUGAGAGGUGAAAGGUCAAAGAAAACAUGACAUACACAUUUUUUUUACUCUUUGCCACCUCCAGGACUUCGUUCUUUUGAUUUUUGAUGUCAAGAUUAUCGCCACCUACUGGUGGUGUAUGGUAUUUUAGCAUGUGUGUUGCACGGGGUGGGAUAAAAAUAUAAUCUGCUUCCAGCAGAAAAAUGAUGUAAAACACGUGUUGCGCCACUAGGUGGUAGGUUUGUUACAAUGCUGAAAUUACAAAAUCGAUAUCAAUGCUAAGAAAAAUACUCCAUACCAUCGUCGUUACCAUAGCAAUGACAUGGGGUUCUUUCUAAUAAAGAGCAGAAAAAAAUCACAAUACUUUCAUUGCGGUAGUAGUUUAGAAACAAUAAGCGUUGCUUCCCCUUAUAGCCAAGCAGUGGACAAGAUGAUGCUUAGAAGAAUUGAAGUAAUUUAUGGAAGCAUCCACCUUGCUCUUAAAUGGAAAAUAGAUCUGGUCCAUAAAGUUGUUUUGUUUGUUUCCCCUUAUUUACAGUGAACAUAAGGCUCUGGACUGUGCAGAAAGAUUCAGCAACAGUCCAGUUCAGGUUCUGUUUCUGGUUAUUUCCCAUCACGUUUUCUUUGAUGAUCAACUAGAGUGAGCAGGUAGACUACGACUGGUUCUGAUUGGCAGCUUCUGUGUCCGUUUUUUGGUAAUAUUUACUUGUUUUAUUAUUAGCAGCUAAUUCCUGUCCUACUGGACAGAAUAAUAAUGGCACAUUUUGUAAUUGUACAUUUGUCCUUUCUUGUAAAUUUUGUUUUUUAAAGCACUUUAUAUGUUCGCACAAUCUAAAGGGCUUUGAUCACAAAAAGGGAUAAAAAUCGGAUUGUGUUGAACACAAUGAGACUCAUUAACACAGUGGUGGUAAAAACUUGUGACGUACGUCUUUGGCAGGUCACCAGAGGUUUAAACUUCUAGCAGCAGCCAUGAUUGUUCAGGUGAGAGGGGGGAGGGGCUUAAUGUCUGUGUGUCUGCAGAGCAGCUUUAAAAAGUUGUACACCAACCUGUGGAAGUUGUGUUUGAAUAAUUCAUCUUUUUACUAUUGAUUAUACUGAAGAGCUGAUUAUUUUAACCCUACUAGAUAGUCAUAAGGACAUCAAAAUACAAACAGGGUGCAACUAAUGCUUUUCCACAACUAUUGUAGGUCAUCUUUUCUUUGUACCUGUUCAUUUUUCCCCUCAGUUUCUAAUUUCUACAAGUCAUACUUGAAGUUCUCUAGAAAUAGCUUCAGUUUGUCAGGGUCCAGUUAGGCAGAUGCAAAUAAGCCCCAUAAAAGCAGUUAAAUUGUUCAGGUUUCCUGCUCUGUAGGUGAUAAUAGGAACGUGCUGCCCUCUAUCUCCAUAUUUCAUAAAAUGUAAAAAAGAAUAAUUGUGACUUUUAUAUUUUUGAGGAAAUGACUUAAUUAAAGAAAGUGUUUUAGAAAGUUGUUGCCUUUCCUCACUAUGAGCCGCAUGUGGUAGAGAGGUGCAAAAACAACAGAAUAUCUGCAUAAAACGGCCCUAAAGCAAAUAGAUGCGGAUUUUUUUUUUCAUUUUUAACAAAAUGUGUAAAUAAAAUAUCCUGGCUAAUUUCUCUUUAAAUCUUAAAAAACACAUGUUGUCCUUUUCUUUUACAGUCUUGUAACAAACCAACAGCUGCCUUGGAAGGUUAGUCUCUUAUGGAAAUUAGUGAGAAAACCUUGCAGGAGUUUAGCAGGAAAAUUGCUUACAAACAGCCUUUAUCAUGACUGCUGAGAAGAUCAGCGUUACUGAAUGUGUGUCGAAUUUUGAUAUUCUUCGUGUCUGCUUUGGGUUUACUCUGAUCUCAUCAAUAAUUUCUAGAAAACUCUCAGUUUCUGCUUGCUAUCACUGCUUUAGAUGCUGUUUGCAGCUUGCAGUUGUACACACUGGUGUCAGAAGCAAUAAAACAUGCAGAGCUUCUUA